UGUAGCUUUAAAGAAAAGUGGGCGGGGCAAAGAUGUGCAGCGUGUUAACGCAACGCUUUAACAACACGCCUAUGGAUUGAACAAAUAAUACAUUUGAAACUACUGCUGAAAGACGCAUCAACUUUGUACGUGAAUAUUUGUGUGUUGUUUAAAUGAUUAGUAUUAUUUAAUUUUUUUCAGGGGCUAAAAGAAUGUGAUCACGGCACCUUAGCGUUGAGAGUGGCCCAAUGUUGUAAUUCUGCAGCAGCGCGCGAGGCGUUACACAAGGUUCGGCAGAGUCCAGCGCGAGCCCGUUACUCUUAGGUUUGGACCUAAUCUGGAUAAUCCCAUCAACAACCUCAAUGAUCUUGUAGAUCAGAAGCAGCGUGAUGACUAAAACGCCAGAUACCCCGAUACCCUGCGCGGGUUUGGGUGAUAUCCACCCCAGCCGUCCCGAGGAGCCGGUGAAGCGUCUCUCCAGACUCGCUCGCGUUGCUGUUCCUGAGCUGGUUGUUACCUGCGAGCCGUGUGCCACUAAGUGUGGACCAUGCUCGGGCUCUCCUCAUCCCGACGAGGAGUCCAUCUGUUCGGACAGCGGCCUCAGCGGCUCUCCCACCUCGUCCCUGCCGCUGAGAAAACUGUCCACCUCGUCCUCAACCGGCCUCUCGCCAGCGUCUUCUUUUGAGGAAUGCGAAGAGGAUUUAAUGUGCUUCGGCGAAUAUAACCAGUCUUCAGGUGAACCGCUAACGACCGAACAGUGGAAGAAGUCAAAGAAUAUGGUCAACUGGUCUCCACUUCCAAUGACGGUGAAAAAGCGCUCACCCUGGGUGCAGGUGGUCGGCCAUGCAGGAAACUUUCAGACGGGGAGUGAUGGAAGGCUGCUGAAGAAGUACUGCGAGUGCGAGCAGCUGUGUUUUCUGCAGCUCAUGAGCGGCUCGCUGCGACCCUUCGUUCCUGGAUACUAUGGCGUGACCCAGUGUGACGAGCAGAACUACAAUCUCAUGGAUGACCUGCUCGCUGACUUUGACUCUCCCUGCAUCAUGGACUGCAAAAUGGGGAGCCGGACGUACCUUGAGGAAGAGUUGAGCAGGGCCUGCGAGUGUCCUCAGCCACGAAAAGACAUGUAUGAAAAAAUGAUAGCGGUGGACCCAGACGCCCCAACUGAGGAGGAGCGGGUCCAGCAGGCGGUUCUUAAAACCAGAUACAUGCAGUGGAGAGAAACCCUCAGCUCAACGGCCACGCUGGGCUUUCGCAUCGAGGGCAUCAAGAAAUCAGAUGGCACUUGUAACACUAACUUCAAGAGAACGAAGUACAAAGAUGAGGUCAUCCAAGCCCUGGAAGACUUUGUGGACAACAACAUGCUAAUCCUGAGAAGCUACCAACAGCGCCUGAAGGAACUACGAGCUGUGCUGGAAAAAUCCGAUUUCUUCAAAGCACAUGAGGUGGUGGGCAGCUCUUUAUUAUUUGUCCAUGAUCUGACUGGCAAGGCUGGAAUCUGGAUGAUAGACUUUGGGAAGACUGUUCCUAUGCCGCCCCCUCUCACCCUGGACCAUCGCACCCCGUGGAUGGAGGGCAACAGAGAGGACGGGUACCUCUGGGGCCUGGACAAUUUCAUUGACAUUAUGACCAACAUGCUUCCGGAGAAAUGAAAAGCAAUGUUGUGCUUCAGAAUUGUCAUUUUCUGCACAGACUGUUUGAUUUCCCUCCUUUUUUUCCCUGCGAUGAACUGAUGGAAUUGACUGUUAGGCUUCAACAUUUACUACAAGUGCUGCUGAUGAACAUCUGUGAAUUCACCUGCUGAAGCUUUCUCUAUGUUGUCGUUUUCGCUACUAUUAAAAAGCUGGAUGUAUUAUUACACUGUGAAUACAUUUUUAUUUAAGCAGUUUGCUCUUGGGGGUUGAUGAGUAAAAGAUUAGCCUAGUUUUAUGAACAUUAACCCUGCAGAUGAAAAUCAUUACAGUUGUGGAGUUUCGAUAUGCUAAAGAUGCAAAAACAGCCAUGCUUUUGAAUACUAAUGAAAAUCUGGACCUCCGUAGUCUGUUUGUGAUUGUUGCCAGAUAUUUUUUUCCUGCAUUUUACCUUAUAUUUGUGACCAAAUGUCUCUUGGGGAUGAACUGAAUUGAAGUGCACACUAUUAACAGUUCCAUAAACCGAAGCCGAAUCGAAUCACAAAACAAUAAAGACCUCUUACGUGUUUCUGGGUACUGUUUUAAUAACAUUGCAUGGCACCUGAAAUAAGAAAAACGUGGAAAAGUGCUUUGUGUUCGGAUUGAUGAAGCACUACUAUAAUUCACAUCAAGCAUAGUGAGUGAAACUGUUGUGCUUCACGUUCCCGUGUUGUGUGGUUUUUGCAUGCAAGCACAAGCUGCUAAACAUCCCGUUAAUAGCAAAAAAUAAGACCGUUUGACUGAGAAUGUUUGGGAUAUUUGAGCCAGUACUCCUAAUGCACUGUUAAUUUGAAAUCACCUUAUUGAGGUUUUGUACUGUAUAAUAAUAAUAAUAAUAAUAAAAGACUUGUGAUCAUU